UCAUCUAAGUUGUGAUUUUAAUUUGCAGGUGGAACCAUGCCAAUAAAUGUCCAAGCACCACAAGUUUCACAGCCUCCCUUUCUGUUAGAUGGUCUAGCAUCACAGCAAGUCUUCAAUGAUCUAGCUUCAGGCAUUCCUCCUGUCACAGCAUACUGUAAAGGUGGUUUGAAAAUAGAGUUCAACUUUGAACGUUCCAACACAAAUCCCAAUGUAACAGUUGUUACAAUUAGUGCUACCAACUCCACAGAUGGAGACAUGACUGACUUUGUAUUUCAAGCUGCAGUACCAAAGACAUUUCAGCUGCAGCUUCUUUCUCCAAGUAAUAACAUAAUUCCAGCACGAAAUGCAGGAGCUGUUACACAGGUUAUUAAAGUACUUAAUCCACAGAAGCAACAACUUCGCAUGAGGAUAAAGAUCACGUAUAACCUUAAUGGAUCACCAGUGCAAGAUUUAGCAGAAGUAAAUAACUUUCCCCCUCAGUCGUGGCAGUGAUUGUUUGGAUGGCAACGACCUCUUUUCCACAAGUGGAUUUUGGUAAAUCUUUGGGAACGUCAUAUCCUAAGAGUGCCCUUAUGCACAACAUCAUAACAUGUAUAUCAGCCCUCAAUGCGAGAUGCAAAAUUAAUGAACAAAGUCUGAGGAAUAUCAUGCCUACAAAUGCUAAUCACUUUUCAAAACACAUCCAUAUUAGUCUCUAUCACCAUCAUGUUCAUCGUUGGAGUAUCUGCUUGUGGUACGCACUACACAUCUUCCUGCUUUACCCCACUGAUCUUUGCAGAACUUGGAACAUUUGCACAGAAAAGUGAACCAGUUUGUCAGUAUGUGCCCAGCAGCUUUGCAAGAUUUCAGCACAUAAGAAGCUAUUGUUUUCAACUACUUACCACACAUUUAUUAGGAACUUGAAGGGGAGAGCAUUAUAAAUUGGUUGCAGUAGGUUCUAUACUGUAAUAAUUUUCAAACCAUUCAACAACGGAUCUCAAUAAAAUGUACCACGGUCUUAAAAAGCAUUUUUGCCCUCUCUUGGCAUUUAACUUGUAAACAAUACAAGUAAUUAAUUGGAUGAUGACCUUCAGUGCUUUCUCAUCCAAAAUCUACUUCUAAUGGGUGAGGAUUGCUGAUGUUUGCUUAGUCAGAAAACAGUGCCAGUCAGUUCACUUGCUGAAUUUUGAUAGAGGUCUAAGUGUCCGCGACAAUCUGAUUUUGCAGCAAAGAAUCUUAGUCACGUCAUUGUUCUCUUGAGCAAUAUGACUUCCUGCCUUGAUUCUUUUCAAAAACAUAUUAUUUUUUAAAUAAUCUUAACAGUCUCAAAGUUUGAAUCACAUUUUUAUACAAGUCCGCAAAACUAAUACUUUGAUACAAUUUCAUCUGCACUGACUAGUUUAGCAAAUGCUACUUUUUCACUUCUCUAGAACAGAAAGAGUUUAAUUAUUGGUCCCCUCUUUAUUUUCCUAUUGCAAGAUUAAUUUCCAUAGAACAUACCUGCAAACUAUUAGCAGUCAAACAUUUCAGCCUCCUCAAAGUCUAUUGCAUUAAAGGUCAAUGACAAAGUUUAGUAUUUCUCGGUCAACUUCAUGUAUAUUAUGAUAUGCAUUUGUACAGUUAUUAAAUUAUGUAAUUACUUUUGGAGGUUUUUACUUCAAAUUGGGUUCACAAGUUUUUUUUUUGUGCCAGAUGAUUAGCAUUUGUCAGUUGAUGAUUGGGUCCAAUUGAAUCUUUGGAAGUUCCUUUUCUUAAAAGAUUAAAACAAACUGAAGCCUAUUCAGUUUUAUUAACUUAAAAUUACAGAACUGCUGAUGUAAGUAAAUCAAUGCACUAAUUUGGUAUCUUCAAGACAAUUCGGAUUAAAGGAACAACAAAUACUUUGGGCAGUUUCUGAUUCUAUAUAUGGAUGAAUUAAAAGGGAUACUGUAAUUUAAAUCUUGAGAUUUACCUAACUAAAACUGAGGAUUGAUGGAAAAUGGCUUCUAAGCAAAAAAUGAUUCCCCUUUUCCGUGUGAUAUUCAAAAGUGGCUUAAAACUUUGGAAUUUUUUUUGAAAAUGGUUUGUAUUUUCCAAUACAAAGGAAAACUGCUCCACUAACCUUUUUUUAUAGGUAUGGUUUCCAGCUGCCAUCUUAGUUGAGCUUUUAAAUGGUGGGUGAAGAGAAGAGAAUUUCUAUUUAAUUUUAUCAGAAUCAAAAUAUGUUGGACAGACUGAAAGUCCAGAAUGUCUUGGUCAAUUGAUAGUAUGUAUACUUGAUGCUCUUAAUGUAUGUAACUGCAAAAGUGCUGCUGUUUCAAUAAAUGUAUAGGGCAGAGCAGAAAUUGCAAUUUCAAACUGAGCUACUGCAAAACAUGGCAAAUGGUUCUGAUCUUUGAGGGGAGUUAGAUUUAACUGUAUACGCUGAUUUGUAUGCACAGUAUAUAAGCUGGAGUAUGUUUGCAGGAUCACGUGAAAUUAACAUUCGACAAAUAAGUUGUAUUGGUAAUGGGAAAUGCGUGACUACUUUCUUUGCUUAAUAUGAAACCAAUUAAUGCAAAGGAAGAAAGUUGGUUUUCUAUUAUGGUGUGUUGAAGGAAUGAACAUAUAGGAUUAAAAAUAUUUUCAUAAUGCAGUCUCUAACAAAUGAAAUAUAUCGCCAUUAUUUAAAUGGAGGAUCUGUGCUUUAUCUGAUUUAUCCUGAUCCUACAGAAUGGAGGUAAAGUAGGUAUUUCUAAUAUCUGAUGUUAAUGUUGAGCAUUCAUGCUUAGUUAUGUAUGUAGCAGUACUAACUGCAAGAUAACACUCACCUCAUCAAGAAUGUGAAUUACAGUAAUUCUCCUUUCAUCACUCUGCAAAAGUUAUUCAGUAAUAAUUGAUCCAUUUCAUUUAAUGGACAGUCUAAUCUGAUGACAUCACUAUCUUAAUGGAACAGUUGUACAUUUCAUUUAUUUUGGAUAACUCUUUUUAAAAGCUGAAGUCCAAGUUUAAUUUUGAGUUGAUAAAGCAAUAGUAAAUUGAUCUAUUCUAAUGACUUCCCUAACCAUUUUAAAACUAUAAACUUGAGCCAAUUUUCUUAAGUGGAACAUACAUUCUUUUGUAAUUUUAAAUUAUUUUGAUAAAUGAAAUUGUCCAUAUGAAAACUUCAAAAUAAGCUGUUAUAGAGGUAACAGUAAUUCCAGCCAUACUCUCUUCACCAACCACUUUGAGUCAUAAAACAUGCAAAGUUACUUUUAGGUUCUAAUAGUUAAUGAAUAGGACACCAGAAUAGGCAAUAAAUUUUUGUUCCUGGAAAAAUUAAGUGCAUUACUAAAGUAUGUGACCCGUUGGCUUUAUUAAUUGUCAGUAUGGCUACUUAAGGUUCAAUAUAUGAGGUUGAAAAGAGAUUUCCAUUAAGAUACCAGCAGUGACCAUAUUAUGUAUAUUGCAUGUUGGCAGUUAUGUUACUUCAUGUUAAUGACAAACACCUAGCUACUCUUAAUGUUUUGCUUUCAUUUUAUUAUUGGUGUGUGCAUCAGUUCAGAGUAUUUUUUCAGUUAUCACCUCUGAAAUUGAAUCACUAUCUGUCAUUUAAUAACUUCCUGUUAAACAGGGGUACAAUGAUUUCUUAGAAAACUGAGAUUGAGAUUUCCUACCUAUGUUGUUAGUGAUCAUGACGUCAAUUUGUAUCUUUGUGACUUUAGGCUUUUCUGCAACUGUCAGCUGUCAUUGCACGCGGCGUAUUAGCAACCUGUUAAAAUAGAUUAGCAAGAAAUCAGAUUGGAAAAAAAUGUAAAGAUUGAUUUUUGGCUGUCUUGAGCAUAAAUAUGCUUUUUUUUUCAUUUGUUUUAUUUUUGGUCUUCUACUUCCGUCCUGAUUGGUUAAUUUAAUCAACCAGAAAUUGAAUUCUCCAGUCUGCGGCUUUGUUCCACAUCACCCAAAAUGUUUUCACAUCUUUAUCAAUUUCUGUAAAAUAAUCCGUUUUUCUCCAAAAAGAAAUGGAAUUCAUCUCAGUUAGAAAAGUUGAAAGAACUUCUAUAUAAGAUCUAAUUUUUAAUUUGUUUUGAAAAAUGUAGCUACCGUGUAGAUGGAGCAAAGAUUGUCUUUGAAGCAUUCUUGAUUUUAAAAAAAACUUGAUAUCCCAAAUACAGCAACUCCACCUACCUGUUAGCUCUUUCAAAUGGCAAAGUUACAAAUAUUUGCUGUGUUGACUAUUGUUCAAAUCCAUCAUAACACUUUUUUUUUAAACUUUGGUUAUUUAAGCUGUAAAUCGCUGGCAGGUGUCAAUAUUAAAAUGAGUGAAAAGGAGAUCCAAGAAUUCACAUACUCUUGAGUAGAGAUUUCAGUAUGAAUGUAAAACAAGUUGGAAUCUAAUAUCAGAAGGGAAACAUUGUAAUUACAGUAAAUAUUUGAUCUGAGCAUGUCCUGCGGACUGGGAAGAAUAUAGGAACGCCUUUCUUAAGAAAUUGGGAAGUGGAUGGGUAAGCUUGAGAAAUAAAGCAGACAUUUUAACUACUGAUUUUAAAUUCCUUUUAUUUGCUGUGCAAUAGCAUUGAAGAAAUGUGGAUCAGCUUGUUUUCAGGUUCCAUGUUGAUCUGUCAACAUUAUCUCUGGUAUUUUUAUUGCUUUGGAUUUUUGUGCUGUAAACUGGCUUUUUCUGCACUAGCACCUUUACCAUUCUAUAUAGACUCCAAAUUUGAAUCUGUUGUUUUGUCACAUGGCUUCACAGUUCCAUAUCAGUCCUGCCUCCAUUCCUUUCACUGGACCAUUAGUAGCAAAACAUAGGUGCAUUAAUCCUGGAGAAACUGUUUUCAUUAAUUCUAUUCAUAUAGGGUGUAAAUUAAUCUUUAAGUGGAACUACCGUCCUAAAUUUUAUGCAUGUUUCCAAGAGUCUUAAAUGGCAUCAGUUUUAAUAUUAACACCUAUGAUUAAAUAGUGUUCUGUUGGUUAUUUUCACCUCAGCUGCCAGCACCUUAAUGCCAGAUUGGUUAACUUAUUACAAUAAUAGAUAUAUAUGAGAGUGAGUUAGAUGCAAAAACAGCUACUCAGAUGAUUCCAUAACAGCAAGAUACAUAUUGAAAUUGCUGGGAUGCUAUAAUUUUUCUUUUGAAGCUCACAGCCAGCUUAGGUGUGACACAUGAAGGGGUUGUGAUGACAUAGAUAAUAUGUACCUGAGGAGAGCUAAUAGUAGUUGGAUUAAUCAGUAUCCCUUAAGGUGAGUGUCUGUCUAGGCACAUGCAAGUAUGUUUGUAGGAUUGAAGGAGAAGACUGUUUCCACUUCCCUUUUUGCUAGAGACAGUUUUCAAAAGCUUUUCCUGCCAAGGCAAAUACUUGUGGAAGCUGAGCUUAAAAUAAAAGAUUUAAUUGAUCUGAAACAUGGUCUGAUCCACAGUGUAAAAUGGAGGUUGGAGUUGUCAAAUUUUGAACUAUUGCAGUCUAAUGUGUACCUCCUGAAAAUUGAUUAGAACUCUGUUCAGAAUGCAUGAUUUAAAAAUAAAACCUGUGUAAAUAGCCUGAUUUGUACUUGAUUUCCACUACCAAACAUAUUAACAGAUUUGACUGGUGAAACUGAGCCUGUAGUUUUUGAAAGCUGAAUGUAUCAUUCCAUUGUUUUUACUGCAAGACUACAUUGUUAUAGUACCUCCAUGGUACUAAAAAGGAGGGAAUUAAAUCUUUGGUUGCAUCACCUUUUUUCUUCCCCUGUGGUUUUCCUCCAUUUCAUAAGGUGUGCUGCCUGUGAUAUUUUAUCCUCAUCUAUAUCUUUCAAAGUUUUAUGGAGUAAAUUUAUCAUUGGGAAAUUAAACAAUUACUACAAUCUUAUUUUUGAGAUAUUGUACAAAAUAAAGUUCAUUUGAUCUUGAAGUGAAUGGGACAUAAAGGUUGUAAACGCUUACUGGGGACAUUUUAGAAUUCUGUAUGUAUUGUCUUUUGGGUUGGAAGAAUUAUCAUAAUUGACUAAUAAAAAUGGAAAGGUCCAUAA